AGCUUUUACAUUCGAAGCAGAGACCAUGUAUCGCAGUCAAAUAGUCCAUCUAAACUUGAGGCAACCACAGUUGAUGGAAACGGAUUUCAAUCAGGUAGGAUUCUGCGUCACGAUCAAAAUCCUUCAGACGUGCCCGAUCACGCGAUGUUGCCAGCGACGAUGGCAUGAAAAGAAGGAUGACUGCCAACUUCUUGGAAAUAUCAUAAUCAAAAUUCUUCCACAGGUUGACAGAGAUACCAUCCCAAGGACGAUUCAACAUGGCUUCACGCCAGUUCUUCGACCCGGUGGUCUUGCUACGGAUAACCCCACUCAUAACAGCUUCGACAACGCUGUCAUACUGCUGGGCUCAGAAUGUGUUCAUCAGCAUUUUCACUCGAGAGAGAAACAGAGAAAAGAGCAAUUCACUCCUUCCAACAUAUGUCGAAGAUUGGUUUUGAGGGUACACUGGCCAAUUAAUCGCAACCUAUACUGCCACCGCUCUGACUGCAGGAGCAAAUUUUUAUCAUGAGUAUCGAAGCAUUGCAGCACCAGAUUCUGCUAGAUGGUACGCAGCUGGAGCAAUACUUAGUGUGGCUCAUUUUGCAUUCGUACCUGCGGUGGCUUGGAAGUUCGCAGCCAUCAUCAACCAUGAGACGAAGGGAAACAGCGUCAAAGUGCUAGAUGAAUGGCUCAAGGUUCAUCGUAUCCGAUCCCUGACAGUGAAUGUCCUUAGCUGGGGAUGUUUUCUUGUUGCAGUCUUGAAGUCUCUG